GGUCGGUCCUUCUGCCGCACCGACCAUUCGACCCCCCGUCGCCACUACAAAUCCACCACGCUCCCCUCCCGCGUGUCACCACGCCAUUACUUACUUGAUCCUUCUUCCCCUUCAUCACAGUCUAGUACUUCUUGCACCUGCAUCAUCUGCAUUGGCAGCAGUAAACUAAGGGUGCGUUCGUUCUGAGAGAUUGGGUGAGAAAUGGAUAUCGUUUUUCACGCUGCUUCCUAAACUAUUAAACGGUGUAUUUUUUAUAAAAAUCUUCUAUAGAAAAGUUACUUUAAAAAAUCAUAUUAAUUUAUUUUUAAAGUUUAAAAUAGUUAAUACUUAAUUAAUCAUACGCUAAUGACUCAUCUUAUUUUACGUAUCUUCCUAAUCUUUUCUAUCUCCUUCUCCUCGAACACAACCUUGGUAGUAACUAGUACUGAUCUGAGGAUAAGCUCCAGCCAUUCUGAAACUCUCUGCUCUGUCUGUCCGUGCAUCUUCUUCCUGCAGCUGACGACACCAUUGCAAGCUCGGUAGGAGUAGCAGUAGCUCUGUUGUUCGGUUGUUCUGCUCAAUGGCCGCUCGAGCACUGUCUGCUGCUGCCGCCGCCGCCGGUCGCCGGAUGGCCGGACAGACUGGCUUCCCUCUUCUUGCCUCCUGCAGCGCACAGGCCCAGCCGGAGGAGGAGCAGAAGGCCAUCCACGACGGCGGCGGCGCCGCCGGAGCGCAGGUGGAGGCGGCGCUGAACCGCAAGAACGUGGAGGUGCACCCGGAGGAGGAGACGGUGGAGGACGCGUGGGUGCCCGACCACGAGACCGGCGUCUUUGUCCCCGCCGACGAGGCCGCCGUCUCCGGCACCGAAAACCACGACCACUGCGGAGCGGCGGCGGCGGCGGCCGGCGGCUCGCCGUCGGUGCUUGACCAGGCGGUGUUCGUCCGCGAGGAGGACAUGGAGGACGUCGAGAGGCCGGCCGUCGACAUGGCCGCUGCCAAUCACAAGCCCAAAUGAGCAUCAACUCAGCAGUAGCAGCAAUAACCAAUAAAGCCAAAUAAUGCCUUCUGAAAUCUCAUGUACAACUAGUACUAGAAAAUUUCCAGUGAAAAUCUUGCGUCGUUGGUUGUAUGAAUCUUGUUAUCUACAGUGAUCAAUCGGAUAAUCUGUUCUUUGAUGAA